AUGGAGGUUGAUGACCCAUACUGUCUCCUCAAGGACGCUACAGAUUCUCAAGCUUCGCAAACAUCGAAUACAUCGACAUCUUCAUUAGCUAUACAAUUCUCCGCCGAGGAUUUGCAAGAAAACAACGCCAAUCUUUACCCUUUACCAACUCUGGAAAAAGUAUUAGAUGAGGGAAAGACGAGAAGAUUGAAUAGACGCUUGGCUCUCACUAACCUACUGGUCCCCAAACUCACCCAGAAAUUGGACGAUAUCAUUGAUCUCGGGACGAACGAGGAUGAGACCGAUGACUUGAAAUGGCUGAAGAAGAAGUUUCCAUCUAUUAAGGACGGUUCCACAAACUCUGCUGUAGGCUCGCCAUCGGCAGCUAAAGUCACCCUGACUACCGUAGCCACCCAGAGAUCUUUAAAACAGUUGCUCGAGAAGAAACUGGCAGAAAGGAGGAAAAUUGGGCUUGAAAAACGUAAGCAGUUGUAUAUGAAGGAUAAUGAAGACAUCUUCUAUGGAGAACAAGAACAAGAAAUAGAUGAAGUGGAAGAGCAUUCAGAAUCAAGACAUAUAAAGAAAUAUCAAGGAGUUGGUGAAGAAAGUGAACACGAUGAGAACUAUAACGGUGAUGACGAGGAAGAGGAGGAAGAAACGAGUCCUUCGAUAGGAUCGGAGAGUGACGGAGAUGAAGAGGAAGAAGUUUUCGAGACUACCACUGAUGUUCCUGAGACGGCAAAUAUUUCUGGCCCGAAAUCGACCGCCACCACAAACCCCAAAGAUAUAGGCAUGAGUCUUAAUGUAAUGGUGGGAGGAGAUGGAAUUUCCGAAUCAGGUAGUGGAAUGACACAGCCCAUGUUUCCUAGCUCGCUUUCUCAGUGGUUUGGCGAUAAGACCGAAGAUGAAAGCACUGAAGCGGGUCACUCAGCAGUGCAGACUCCUGGUGCGUUUUUUAGUCGCUCUGGUUCUGAAGAAAUGGAGUCCGAUCCUAAUUUAUUAAAUGAUGAAUCCGAGACGAAAACUCCUGUGCUGCGACGUACCCUUGUGGACUCAGAUAACGAAGCUAGUGACCAUUCAAUUGAAGCAGAACUGUCUGAUCAGAAAGAAGAAGACAACAACGAAAAGGAAACCGAGAAUGGAAACGAUUACGUCGAUGAUGAAGCGGACUCCGAUGAUGAACUUGCUGUUAUGAGAAAUUUGGAGAAGGUCAACCGCGAAAAAUGGUUCGACGACGAGGCUUCGUUGUCAGGGGAUGACGCGGGAAGUGGCUUGGACGACGACGAUGAUCUCCCGAAUGAGUACGAAGCAGAAGAAGGUGACGCUGAUGACGUUCCCGAUUCGGAUGUGAUUAGGCGACAAAACCAUAAAUUAUUGCUGAAACAGGAGAAUGAUCGAGAUUAUAAGGAGUUAAUCAGAUUACAAGAUCGGUUGUUGGCAGAUGGUGAUCUCGGCAGCUUAGAAACUAACAGGACAUUCCGGUUAAAACUCCGUGAGGGUAUGGAUGUUGAAGAUGUUGUUGAGGAAGAUGCAGAGUUACUAAUUAAAGAGAAGGAUGAGAUUAUCUCUCAAGCAAGUGAACGACGGAAAGACGAGUAUCAAGCGGCUUGCGAAGAAAAAGAUGAAGAAGAAAGCGAUGUAUUUGACUUAGCUGCUCAGUCAGUUCAUAUUUCUACUCAUGCUUCAGCGGAUACUUUGUCUAAAGCACCUCGAACCUUACUUGGGCAGCUUAGUCUGGGGAAUGCUGUUAAAGAUACUCCAGGCACAACUGGUGUGAAACAGUUAUACGUGAGUAGCUCUACGAUAGGGGUGCAGAAACGCCCUUCUUCUCCAAAAAUAGCGCUGGCCAAAAAGCGACGAGAGAACAUCAGUGUGCUGAGCGUUUUGGAGCAGCUCUAA